ACCAGAUCCCUUUCCACCCUUCCCCACCUUACCCUGUGCUUUGCUCACGGUUGCUAAAGAAAACCUUCAGCUUGCAGAAAGUUCUGCCAAUGGGAGGCACAAGUAGAGAUAGAAAGGCAGAGGAGAGGGGAGGGAAACAAGGUUGGUUAUGUACCCACCAGGCUUCUCGGACUGUCAGGGCCUGGUGGGAGGGCUUCUUCAUACCCCUCUCCAGGUGCAUGGAAUCGCUUCUGCUCCUUCCCCUUUAUGCCCAGAAGAAAAGAAUUACCGCCCACCUCCAUUCCAACUGGCGACAUCCUUAAAGGUAAACGGCUGUCCUCCACCCCCCUGGAAAUCCUGUUCUUUCUGAACGGGUGGUAUUAUGCUACCUAUUUUCUGCUGGAACUCUUCAUAUUUCUGUACAAAGCUCUCCUGCUACCAUAUCCAACAGCCAACCUAGUACUCGAUGUGGUGAUGCUUCUCCUUUACCUUGGAAUUGAAGUAAUUCGACUGUUUUUUGGUACAAAGGGAAACCUCUGCCAACGAAAGAUGCCACUUGGUAUUAGCGUGGCCUUGACCUUCCCAUCUGCCAUGAUGGCCUCCUAUUACCUGCUGCUGCAGACCUACGUGCUCCGCCUAGAAGCCAUCAUGAACAGCAUCUUGCUUUUCUUCUGUGGUUCAGAGCUGCUGCUUGAGGUGCUCACCCUGACGGCUUUCUCCAGGUCAUGGUCAGCUUCUUACCAGAGUGAGGCAGGAAUACUUGGAAGAAGCAUAGUCAAAAGCCAGCAUUUUCCAGUCGUUUAUUUUAAAAUUUCAAAUUAACAUAAAAGGAAAUACACUUUUUUUUUUAAACUGGAGAAAUAGUGCCCUACAUGCAUAUAUCAUUCCUUUUUCCAAGUCUUUAAAAUUUUCUCAUCUAACUCAGUAGUGGCUUUUUUUUUCCUCUUUUCCCCCAAGAAGCCGCCAGGAGCCAUGACAGAAUCCACUUUAGAAAACCUCAAGCCAUAUGGCCCCUCUGCUGUCAGAUGAAUCCUAGAAUAUCUGCUCUUGCUCAAAGUCAGAGUUAAUUGGUCUUUAAGCAUUUCCACGCUGGCUUUUAAUUCUGCUUAUUUCCUGUGAUCGAGCUCCUUCUCAUCCUGUGAAGGUCUCCACUGUCCAGAAACACUGAUCAUUUAUCUUGUUUCCUGCCCCUUCUGUGUCCUUGCUUCCUGGCUGCUUUUGGAGUCUAUCCAAAAACUGUAAACAGGCCUAAUCCACCAUGAAACAGUAACAAAAAAUCUUGGAACCUCCUUGGUGUUUCAGUCACAGACCGCCCCCCCAAAUCCCCGGCCUGUUGCUUGCACUGCUGUUUUCUCUUGCUGUGCUUUGAAGAAGUUGUUGACAUCAAGCUAGACAGGAACUGGUUCUCCAGGGCCUCCCUAUUUCUUCUAAAGGCUCAGUGGUUAAGGUCACUCUCCCGGCAACACAGAUAAAUGAAUGAAAGUCUCAGUUGGAAGUUUAGAGGUGGCUUAUAAUUAAAAGGAACCUUAGAAAGGAAUCUAAACCCCCCCACUUUGGAGACUUAGAGAUGAGAAGGGAACAGCCAGGCAUCCCACAACCGGUUACUAACAGUUGGAUCUAGAAAUCUUGUCUUAGCAGUCUGUCUAGAUCAAGUAAAUUCUGCUCAACAGGUACCACUUGAGGAGGAUGAGUAGUCGGAAAUGGGGAUGGGAUUAGAGCAGGAAGUCCUCAUUCAUCUGAUGGUUCUCUGGGAGCUUCGUGCACUGUGCUUCCCGGGGCCGGCUCCACAGAGGUUCAUUCUUCCUGCGGCUUGCUGGAACCACACGUGCAGGUGUAGUCACACCACAACAGAAUGUCAUACAACAGAAACUGAGGCAGCAGGGGAUGGGAAUGAGCAUAGCCAGUCUUUCAGGGCUCAUGUGGUUGGGUUUUGUAUUCGAAUGCCAAGGGGAAUUCACUGGGCUGCCCAUCUAGACCUGAAGGAUCAACAUUUUGGAACAGUGGAGAGGACCUGAGUGAAGGAGUAGGCCUUGGUCACAGGGGCUGGGAGAGACCUGCUCAGAUAUUUGUCACACGCAUGGCCAGGUCAGGUGACUGCAAUGGCCAUCCCUAGAGGCUGAGGUCUGGCCCAGUUCAGGAAGCACUUGGCACACGCAGAUUCGGGUUUGUGGCUCUCUACCAUGACAGCAAUGUUAGGAGACUAAUACUCAUCCAGUGCCUGGCAGAGUAGAUUUAGUCCAUACCAUGAGCCUGUGAGGCAGAAGAAAAUCAACUCGAAUGUUAAGUCACCUCCUGUCUGAGGGCGUUUAGCUUAAGUAAGAGUUGGGAUUUGAACCAACAGGAACCCCAAUCAUUCCCUUUCUGUUCCACCAUGGUAGCGCUUUGAUGAACUACGUGUUUACUUCUCUAACUUACCGGUCCUCAUGCUUUAGUUUACACGAAUGUCAUCUGGGACAUAAAAAGUAGAUUUCUAGACUUCACGUAGAAGUGGGGCUUGCUGGAAUAGGCAGCACAGGACCACGGAACCUGCCUUGAGAGCCCACUCCUAUUACCCUCAUGCUGUGCGUUGUCAGAGAGCUUCCGGGGUUCUCCCUCCCCCGAAAAGUUUGUUUUUUUGCUGAUCUUGCUUUCGCAGGUCCCAGUAUACAUUAUGUACCACCUGGUCUCUUGUUCAUCUUUUUGUACAUGUAACACUUGUCUUGGUUCCUCUGGCUCUGAAAAGCCAGAAGCUUUCUGUAAUUCCAAGGAGCUCACCCACAACACUCUGCUAAACUUUCUAAUCUGUACUUCCUAAAGCUUAGACAGCAUUACGGUUUCCAAAACAUGUUCAUGUUGCUCUCUCGGAUUCUUCAAACACCACUGUGUGAAAGGCAGAACAGCUCUGGUUCUCAGCUCACAGGUUAUGCCACGGUCCACAGACAGCGGCAGCGGGCACUGGCAGGCAUACUUCGACUCCGAGCAGAGGAGUCUUCCCUUCCUGAACUUGAGAACAUCAGAACCGAACUGUAAGGGAAGGACAUUUACUCAGAGAACAAACCUUAGGAAUCUUGAAGGACAAAGGACAACUUGGAAUUUUUCUUCCCUUAGCUUGGCUGGCUAAGGAAGCAAGCUAACCCUCAUGGGGCGCUUCAAAGACCUGCACUCCAGGCCCCCAGGAGUCGCGCAGGCCACCACACGCCCAGCCGGCGCUUCCAGCUCCGAACUCGGGGCUUCAGUGCCAUCCCAGAGCCUCUGUGUCAGCCCCGGCCCAGGUCCCAAAUACCUCAACAAAGCUAUUCAAUGCAGAAUCCAUAAAACAGCUCACACCCCAUUUAUUAUUUAAAAAUAUUUUGUUACAAA